AUGUCAGCAAGCGUAUGUACUACUGUAAUAGCUGGCGUUUUAGAAGAUCAUAAUUUCAAUCAUAUAUGUUUUGUUGCUGAAAGUUUAUCGAAUAUAAUACCUAACUUUUAUUAUAAAAUUAUUUAUAAAAGUUCGAAGGAAUGGAAAUCCUGGUUAAAAAAAAUGUGUACACUUUAUGGCUGGUCUCAUACUAAAUCACCUUUAAUAUGGCAAGAAAUUGGAAUUACUCACAGCAAUAUAAAUUACGUUGGAAGUAGCUACCAAUUUUGGGAGUUCUUGCAACAAUAUUAUGACAUCAAAUCGCAAUUAACUCGAGAAGAUCUUGAGGCCCUACAAGCAGAUUUAUUAUUUGCUCAUGAUAUAAAAGAAGAGAUAAGUAAAAGUCCAGAUGUACAAGAACGUCGUCGAAUAACAAUAGUAGGAGCAGGAAGAUCAGUGUGUGCAGAAUUAGUUUGCCAGUUAUUAAUGACAAAAGAACUUUGGUUGACCCAUGGAAUUCUUAUUGGCUUAUAUGAUGAACCAGGAUGCUUUUUUAAAAUUAAAAAAAUUUAUAAAGAUGCAGGAGGAGUGGGUGCAGGUUUAAAUUCAGUAAUGAUUUUAAACAAUGUACCUGAGGGAUUAAAAGAUUGUCACAUAUUGAUAUAUCUUGAUUCUUUAUUAAGAGAAGAAUACGAAGGUACGGACGACUUAUUGCAACGAAAUUAUAAAGACAUAGAAAAAUUGUCUAUGCAGAUAAAUGAAUAUGCACCUUCUUAUAUGAAAGUCCUUUUCUGCUCAAUGGGUAUUACAUGUUUCUAUGCCAAUAUCAUGCAUGAGCUAGUUACAAAAGUACCAAGUACAAAUAUCGUAGCUGUUAGUUCCCAUUAUGGAUUAGAAUUGAUAUAUCCCUUAGUCAAUUCAGUAGGAUUCACUUUACAAAAUUUCGGAUGUCCACCUGUAUGGGGGUAUUUGGGAAUAAAUCAGUUUGUAGACGUUGAUCAUAUGAUUCAAAAAGUCCAUACUUAUCCUGCAACUAGAACUCAAAUUUCACAGAAAAAUGUACUCUUACCAAUUCAAACUCAAGAACAUUCAGAAUUAAGAUGGUUUUUCUAUAUGUCACAUAAUAAAAAACCUUACGUAGAUAAUUUGAAACGGAAGGCGCUUACUCAGUACCUAGUAGGUAGAUCAGAAGACUUCCCAAAAUGUAAAGCGAUUUGCGAUCUUCUAAAAUUAUGGUACAGCAAGAAAGAGAACAUUGAAGAUGAAAUUAUAUCAUUAGGAAUAGCAUCUGAUGGCUCUUUUGGUAUUCCAAAAGGACUAGUGUUUUCACAACCAGUAUAUUUGAAAGUAUUAGCAGAUGAUUCACGAGUAUGGAUCCCUUUCACGGAUUUUCCAAUGCCAAAUAUGCCGUUUUCUAUAUUUCAAAAUUUUAUAGACACCGCCACAAUUAUUAAGGAACAAAUAAUUAAAUUAAAAGAGAAUUCUGAGUUCAAAGAAAAAUUUUCAGCAACUUGAAUUAGUUUGAAAAUUUUUUACUUAAAAGAA